AUGUUAGGCUUCAUUCUCAGCUAUAAGUGGCUCCGAUGGAGCAAGCCAGCCGAGCCACCACCAGCACUCCCCGGAGGAAUCGAGCGCCUCUUCAUACCGACGACAGGAGGCCCGCUCGAGAUUCUCCACGCCGCACCUCACGGAUCAGCAGCCAAGACCAAAGCCGCCCCCAUUUUCUUCCUGCACGGCGGGAUGGGCAGCGCUUGGGUCUGGAUUGAGUAUAUGCAAUACCUGUCAUCGCGCGGCAUCCCUUGCUACGCCCUCUCGCUUCGCGGCCACGGCGAGAGCUGGCAUCCGUCGUUCCUACGCAUGGUCUACGGCACGAGCAAGAGCACCCUGGCCGACGACCUCGUCGCGGGCAUUAGGUGGGCCGAGGGCAGGGAAGAGUCGCAGGUCGUUCUAUGUGGCCACAGCAGCGGGGGCGGGCUCAGCCAGUUCGUGUUGUCGGAGCGUGACGUUGACGUCAAGGGCUUGGUCCUCAUGGGGGCGGUGCCGGGCUUUGGAUCGCUGGGAGUCUACAUCAACUGGUGGCUGCUGGACCCAUGGUUCUCACUGAGAAUGAUAUUCCACGUCUGGCAUCCCAACAGUCCCCUGUCUCAUCCAGCCCUCACGCGCCGGGCGUUUUUCAGCGACGUCGUUUCGGACUCGUGUGUAGCGGAGUUCCAGAAGCAUAUCAGCGCCUGA